ACCAGAUCUUCAAAAAAAAAUUUAGUUACUUCUGAAAAGUCUAACCAUUGAGAGGUAUAUACAAAAAUUACAAUACAGUAAGGAAAUUCAUAAUGUCAUUUGUUCCUAGAAUAAAGAGUCCCAUCAAAAUAAGGUUGGCCCGUUUUGGAAGGAAACACCAACCUCUUUAUAAUAUAGUAGUGGCCAAUAAAAAAUCCGCUCGUGAUUCAUUACCUAUAGAAGUUUUAGGAACCUACAAUCCAAUUCCUGUGCCUUUAACUCCUGAAGAAAAGGCAGCAAAUGUCAAACCAUUCAAGCAUAUAGAAUUGGACUUUAAUCGUUCAAAGUACUGGCUAGGUGUUGGAGCCGAUGUUUCUGACCGAGUAUCAUUUUUGUUCAAGAGAGCAGGUUUACUUCCAGAAGACUGGCCAAGUCCAACUAAAUUAACUCAACAUAUUAAGAAGCCUGUUGUUGCUGAAGCAAAGAAAAAGAUCGAAGAAGCAAGAGAAUUUGUCAGAGAAAGGUGAAUUAUUUCUAUACAUAAGUUUAUUCAAAAUUAUUUACCAUUCGUUUUAG